AAUAUAACUUUGAUUCGUGUUCUUCGACUUUAUGUACCGACUGUCAUUGAUUCGUGUAGAAUCUGGCACAUUUCCGGACAUCUAAUGAACUUAAAGUUUUAGACUUUUAAAUUGUCAAGCUUUGUGCUUUUUACAAAAAGUAAAAUUUACAUGAAUAGUGUAAAUAAUGACUGUCAAAUUAUCUCUUCUAUAGUAGAAAGAAAUUCGAUAGUAUACUAAAAGUACGUGUUUUAUUAUCAGGCUUUCUACGCAUCCCAUAUUAUACCAUCGGAGAGUGCAGUACUUAAUUUGGUGUCAUCGCACUGUGAGUUGAUCAGUGCCAACACUAAGUACUCUAUUGGACCUUCACUGAUGAUGCUAGCGUAUUCGGCGGCUAAACUACUUGAAGUUGGCGCUAGCAAACUAGCUGACAACCCUGAACUUAUGAACAAGACUUUGGAUUUGGUUGUCCCAGCACUGACUGACGGUCGUUUGGAAUUCAUGUCGGAGACGCUGGCGGCGACGCUCAAUACACUGGUGCCUCAACCACAAAAGGCUGAACAGCUGAUACAUGAACACAUUCUAAAGACCACCUACACUGUACUCGUGGACCACCUGCAACCGUCUACAGAGAAGACGCUUAAACAUCUGGUUAAAUACUGGGAGAAGAUUUUGGAACGCCCAGCUGGUAGACUGGCAUACGAAACAGUUUUUGCUGAUAACUCUGGAUAUUCACUAGGGAAGAUCCUCUUAUCCGCUCCAAACGCUAGAAAUCCUUACGCUGAAAGAGUCAUUAAGUAUGUUUGCUGUAUUUUAAAUUUGUUUCCUUUUAUUAUUACACUUUUACUUUGUCCUAUAAUAUUGUCUUUUAUAAUCAUUGUCUCUUAACAGGUUGUUCAUCAAAAUAUUUAGUGGCUGUGAGGGUGGAGAGCUUAAUAGUGGUCUUUGCAUAUCAGUUUGCAAGUUUAUUGGAGUAGCUGAUCAACAGAAGCUGUCUAGCCUCUUAUCUCAUAUCUGCUUGAGAGCACCUAGUGAGUUUUUAAGGAUUCUUUUAUCGUGUUGAU